AUGGGAGGAGUUCCUGAAUUUCCCCCCACGUCAAUGCUGGAGCGUCCUUCCCCUGAGCCCACAGUGACCGGCAGUUUUGGCAGAUUUAUCAGUGAGGUGACCGCCCAGCACCUGUCCCCCGUUGUGUUGGAGCGCAGUAAGAGGAUGGUCCUGGACAGUAUUGGAGUUGGUCUUAUUGGGACUUCUACAGAGGUGUUCCAGAUGGCCCUGCAUUAUUGUCAGCACAUGUACGGUCCAGAUGGAGCCAGCUCUAUUUACGGACGCAAGAGGACCAGACUUUCCCCAACAUUGGCAGCCUUUGUGAAUGGAGUAGCUACUCACUCCAUGGACUUUGAUGAUACAUGGCACCCUGCCACUCACCCCUCCGGAGCGGUCCUUCCUGCUGUGUUAGCGCUCAGCGACAUGUUGCCAGUCCAGCACAAACCCACCGGUCUGGACCUCCUGCUGGCCUUCAACGUCGGCGUCGAGAUCCAAGGACGGCUCUUGAGAUUCUCUAAUGAGGCCCACAACAUUCCCAAGAGAUUUCACCCUCCGAGCGUGGUGGGGACCAUGGGCAGUGCUGCAGCCUGUGCUCGUCUGCUGUCUCUAGAUAGCUCCCAGUGCAGUCACGCGUUGGCUAUAGCUGCCUCUCUGUCUGGUGCUCCCAUGGCCAACGCUGCCACCCAAGCUAAGCCUCUUCAUAUCGGCAACGCAGCCCGCUUAGGUCUUGAAGCCGCCCUGCUGGCCUCGAGAGGACUGGAGGCGAGUGCGAUUGUUUUAGAUGACACCCCUGGAGUCGCAGGGUUCAGUGCUUUUUAUGAUGAUUAUUCUCCUCGGGGUUUGGAGAUGCCAAGUGGAAACAGCCAAUUUCUAUUAGAGAUCCAGGACAUGGCUUUUAAACGCUUUCCUGCUCAUUUGGGGAUGCACUGGGUAGCAGAUGCCGCAGCCUCCAUCAAUGGGCUCAUGGUGGGGGCUGGUCUUGGUUCAGUUCUGGCAGAUCAAGUGAAGGAAAUCUCCAUCAGAGUGCCGAAAUCUAAGUACAUUAACAGGCCCUUUCCUGAAUCAGAGCACGAGGCACGACACUCAUUCCAGUUCAAUGCUUGCUCUGCUCUUUUGGAUGGACAAGUGAGUGUGUGGUCUUUUACCCCGGCAGCAAUCAAAAGGCCUGGACUGCGCGCUCUACUAAACCGUGUGAGAGUUGAGCAUCCCCAUGACAACGUGGCCAAUUUUAACCUGAUGUACGGCGAGGUGCAGGUGACGCUCAGAGAAGGAGCUGUUUUGAUGGGUCGAUGUGACACGUUCUACGGUCACUGGCGUAACCCCCUGUCCAAUGAGAGUCUGAGAAACAAGUUUAGGAGCAAUGCGACAACAGUUCUUCGAUCAGAACAAGCGGAGGAGCUGAUUGAAGUGGUGGAAAACCUGGAGAAAAUGGAAGACUGCACUCGUCUCCUGUCAAACCUGCACUGA